AUGAUGGACACUCCCAUAUCCGCCCCCAGACCAAAGGAAGAGCCUAUCACCUCCAAUCAACCAGAUGAAAUGGUCACCAAGCAGACUCUGGUUCCAUAUGACCCGACAACCGAGCCAAUAUUCCCACCGACGCUCUGGAAAUACCAACCACGACCUAUCUGCUAUGGCGAUAACCGAAGACUUUGGUUCAAACCCACAAAUCUGGAGCAGCUACUACAACUCAAGGCCGCCUACCCAGCAGCGAAAAUUGUAGGAGGUGCGAGUGAAACACAGAUCGAGGUUCGCUUUAAGAAGUUGGCAUACCAGGUCAACGUCUUUGCAGCAGACAUCGCAGAGCUCAACACCUUCCGGGAGCCUUUGCCCCAGACACAAGCCGAGCUCAGUGCACUGGAUGAGAUCUUCAUUCCUGGCAAUUUCACUCUGAGCAAAGUCGAAGAACUGUGCAGCGAUCUUUAUGGAAAGCUUGGCCCCCGGGCCUUCGCCUUUGAGGCACUACGGAAGCAGCUGCGCUACUUUGCUGGUCGUCAGAUCCGCAAUGUUGCGAGUCUUGCUGGCAGCUUGGCCACAGCCAGCCCAAUCUCAGACUCAGCGCCUGUGCUUCUGGCAGCGGGAGCUAAGGUUGUUGUGAGAUCGCACACAAAAGGAACAUUUGACAUCCCCCUAUCGUCCUGGUUCAUCCGCUACCGCACUACUGCCCUGCCAGAAGAUGGUGUCAUAACUCAGAUUGUUGUACCACUUCCACCUGUGGGUACCCGUGAGGUAACCAAAGCGUACAAACAGGCCAAGAGAAAGGAUGACGACAUUGCCAUUGUUACGGCAGGUCUGAGAGUCCGACUUGAUGAAGACGGUUUCGUCGAAGAUUGUGCGUUUGCGUUCGGCGGCAUGGCGCCCACCACUGUGAUGGCGGAAAAGGCACAACAAGCCAUUCUUGGGAAGCGCUGGGGUGAGGCUGCAACUCUCGAGGUAGCUACGGAUGCACUCUUGGAUCAAUUCGACCUCGCAUAUGGUGUGCCUGGUGGGAUGGCACAAUACCGCAGAGUGUUGACAAUCUCCAUGUUCUUUCGGUUUUGGCAUGAGGUUGUUCAUGAACUGGGCCUGGCCAAAGUUAGCGCCGAUCUCAUUCAAGAGAUCCAUCGCGACAUUUCCUCUGGCUACCGCGACAACUUCACUGCUUCCAUGAAAAACAGAGGGACCCAGACUGUGGGAAGACCGAUUCCUCAUCUUUCGGCGUUAAAACAUUGCACAGGCGAAGCCGAGUAUCUCGACGACAUGCCUCGACAGCACAACGAACUCUUUGGUGCUUUGGUUCUUGCUAAGAGAGCACAUGCUGAGUUGGUCAGUGUUGACUACACUGCAGCCUUGGAGAUGCCUGGUGUUGUCGGAUACAUCGACAAGAACAGUCCAGCCAAAGGAACAAACAUCUGGGGUGCCGUGGUGCAUGACGAAGAGCUCUUCGCCGAAGACACCAUCCGCUACUAUGGACAGGUCAUUGCGUUGAUUUAUGCAGAGACCGCUCUCCAGGCCAGAGCAGCUGCCGAUCGUGUUGAAGUUGUAUACAAAGACCUUCCAGCCAUUAUCACUAUCGACGAAGCGAUCAAUGCCGAAAGCUUUUUCAAGCAUGGAAAGCAACUACGAAAGGGCGAUGCUGUCGAAGGCUGUCUGGCGGAGGCCUGGAGCAGUUGCGACCACAUUAUCGAAGGUACCACCAAGAUGGGUGGCCAAGAACACUUCUACCUCGAGACCAACGCAGCACUUGCUAUCCCGCACAUUGAGGACGGCUCCAUGGAAGUAUACUGCUCAACUCAAAACCUGAUGGAGAACCAAGUCUUUGUCGCUCAAGUAUUGGGGCUCCCAAUGAGUCGGGUGAAUAUGAGAGUUCGUCGCAUGGGCGGAGCUUAUGGCGGAAAGGAGUCUAGGAGCACACCAAUUGCGAUGUACAUCGCCCUCGCAGCUCGAAGCACAAACCGGCCGGUGCGUAUGAUGCUAAAUCGCGACGAAGACAUGGCCAUCACCGGCCAGCGACACCCUUUCCAAUCACGUUGGAAAGUAGGCGUAAGCUCCCACGGCAAGAUUCAGGUUCUCGACAUGGACGUAUACAAUAACGGAGGAGCAUCACUUGACAUGAGUGGCGCAGUUAUGGAUCGUGCUUGCACCCACAUCGACAAUUGCUAUUACAUCCCACAUGCUUGGAUUCGAGGCUGGGUUUGCAAGACCAACACAGUCAGCAACACAGCUUUCCGCGGCUUUGGGGGCCCCCAGGGCAUGUACAUUUGCGAAAGCAUGAUGUACAAAAUAUCAGAAGCUCUUCAUAUUGAUGUUGACGAGCUUCGCCGCCGUAACCUUUACGAAAUCGGCCAGCGAACUCCAUUCUUGCAAGAGAUCACCGAUGACUUCCACGUACCGACCAUGCUGGACCAACUCACCGUCAAUUCUGACUACGAAAAACGAAAGGCUUCAAUUAGGGAGUUCAACUCUAAGCACCGAUUCAAGAAACGGGGCAUUUCGAAGAUCCCAACGAAGUUUGGCCUCAGUUUUGCCACGGCUGUUCACCUGAAUCAAGCGGGAGCAUACGCCAAGAUCUAUGAAGACGGCUCGGUGCUCUUGCAUCAUGGUGGAACCGAGAUGGGCCAGGGCCUUUACACGAAAAUGGCCCAAGUUGCCGCCGAGGAGCUCGGCGUUAGUGUCGAUGAGGUCUUUAACAAAGACUCCCAGACUGAUCAAGUUGCAAACGCUUCUCCGACCGCCGCAUCCUCCGGGAGUGACCUCAACGGUCAAGCUGUGAAAAACGCUUGCGAUCAACUCAGAGAACGUCUCGCACCAUACCGAGAGAAGUAUGGGGCCGAUGCACCCAUGUCGAAGAUUGCACAUGCUGCGUACACGGACAGAGUCAAUUUGGCUGCAAACGGCUUUUGGAAGAUGCCACGAAUCGGAUACGAAUGGGGUAAUUGGAAAGAUCCUUUGCCCAUUGCGAUUAGUGAGGUUGAACUGGAUACUUUGACAGGAGACUCGACGGUUCUUCGAACGGACAUCAUGAUGGACAUUGGUCGCUCCAUUAACCCAGCAAUCGACUAUGGUCAGAUAGAGGGCGCUUUUGUUCAAGGCCAAGGCCUAUUCACCAUGGAGGAGUCCCUGUGGUCCAAGUCGGGAGAGCUCUUUACCAAAGGCCCCGGCACGUACAAAAUUCCAGGAUUCUCCGAUAUUCCUCAACAGUUCAAUGUCUCGACAUUGCAACACGAUUCGGAAGGAAAUCCAAUUAGCUGGAGCAAACUGCGUUCUAUCCAGAGCAGUAAGGGAACGGGAGAGCCGCCGCUGUUCUUGGGAUGCACGGUUUUCUUUGCGCUGAGAGAAGCUGUCAAGGCAGCUCGAGAGAUGAACCACGUUAGGGAACCACUUGUGCUGAACUCACCAGCCACAGCGGAAAAGUUGCGUUUAGCGGUGGGAGAUCCGCUGGUUCGGAGGGCUGCGGUCAAGGCGAAGGAAGGCGAGAAAGAAUGGUUCACCAGGAUCGAGUCAUAA